CAGCUUGGAAAGAAUCUGCAGAAAUGAAGGCUUUCAUUGGUUUUUGGCUGUUCGCCUUUGCAACUGCUGACAUCUACCAGUGGGUCGGCCUUCCAGAAGAGAAUUAUAAGCAGCUUGAUAAGUUGCUGAACGAUGAAAAAUUUACAAGCAGAGGAUUGCCCGAGCCACUGAAACCUGGUCUUGGAAAUCUGCUCAUAAACGAUCAUGGCGAGGAGAAAGAGGGAAGCGAAGAAGGAAGUGGAGAAGGAUCAGGGGUAUCAGGGGUAUCGGGGAUAUCGGGGGAAUCGGACGGAUCAGGCGGCUCCGGAAAACCACCUCCAGUUAAAGACGCCAUCGAGGACUUAGUUGAAUCGCUUCACGCCAUAAUACCAGCUUUAAAAAUACUGAAGAAGGCAAGAGACGAGAAGAAUCAAGAAUACGCACAGCAGCUUGUAGAAGUGAUAAAGCAUGCGGAAGAUGAUGCCGACAUCAAGAUACUUUUAGGUUACCAUGUGAUGAAACUGAACGAACGCUGUCACCAACUAAAACUGGCUUUUGCCCGCCAUGCAAACCAAUCAGGUUUACUGGACCAGCUAGGUUCGGAUGACUUGGAUUUCACCAAAGUAAUGGGGCAGGUCAUUGAAGAAGCAGAACAACAAGCCUUUGAUGUUUUCGAAGCAUUUACGCACAUUGCAUUCAUGAAUGGACUUAACAACUAUCCUGGAGCAAAAGCUAUCAUGGCAGUUGGAGGUUUAGUGGCUGAUGCCGCAUGUGAUACCAAAUUAGAUGGUCUGGUAAAAAUAAUUGGGGAAAUUGUGGAGAAGGAAGACAAAGAAAGUGACUAUGAUAUCUCGGACAAGUUUAUCCCAUUCUUGUACAACCCACGGAGCAAGUUUUGCAGAGGAAAUUUUAUCCAGUCCUUGAAACCAGAAAAAAGCAUGAAGGCCAGAUUCCUCAGGCUCGUUUUUUCAUAUUGCAAGGAAGUGAGAUUUGCUAGAUUUGCAGUCAGCACGGUGUUGGAUAAAAUCAAGCUCUACAAAAAAUUGGUAAUUUUGCAUAAGGUGGAGGGAAAACGUCUUCAAGGAAUGAUCAAGGCCGUAACAACUCUUAUGGCGAGUCACAAGGUAGAGAAAGCUUUCUUACUCGCUGGCGACUAUGUUGUGGACAGCAUGAGAAGAGCGCUUCUGGUUGGUCUCGCUGUGCAUAAAAAAAUGGAAUCAUUACUUUCAGCCGAGGAGAAGGGUGAAGAGAAGUGGGAGGAGAAAAGUGAAGAGAAGGAAGAGGAAAAAGGCGAGGAAAAGAGAGACGAAAAGCCAACAGAUGACAGGUUUAAAAAGCUUGCUGAUCUCGUUGAGGAGAACCUGGAUCAGCUAUCAGAUGCUCUCAAAUCUACCACUUCCGUUAAUUAGUCAUACUGUAUACCUAUCAAGUUGUACCACACGGUUAAUAAAUUACCGAUCAUUUCACAAUCGUGAAACAUGAUACGCCGAGUUCAGUCUUUA